AUGGUAGCCUAUGGUUCUGAGAUUAGCCCACUCGUUGCUGGAACAGGUUUGGUGGACUGGGGUGAUACUGAAUCGACUGUGCCAGCAGAAGCAAGGUGUAUCGAAUUCCUAGAGACCGGAAAGAUUGUUCACGCGGAACUCCAAAAGGCCAAGAAGAAGGUGGGGAAAUCACUCUGCGCGUACGCUGCACAUUGCAGGGAAAGCAAAAAUGAACUCGUAGAUGUGGUAAAAGCCCUCAAGUCUCUCGACCAGGAGCUGAGUUCACUGCGUCAGACGUUCGAAGCAAAUCAGGAACAGCUGAUACUGUACCAAGGCCUACUGGACACCGCGGCUAGGCUUGGGCAUGGCCAAACGGUCAUCGAUGUGAACGAAUCCGAAGUUCAGAGAAGCAAACUCCAAAAAGAGAUUGGAAAGCAAGACCAAAGGUUACAUCAGGUCGAACUCCAGCACCGUGAGUCACUUGAACGCAAGCUUGAACUUGAGACCCACUCAAGCUCUCGACGAUCUGCAGCUGUCAAGUGCUUGCUACGGAUGGAGAGGGCCAACAAAGCAAUGGCUGAACUAAGGCGCUGCGACGCAAAGCGAAAGCGAGGUAGUUUCUCUGAGGGUAAGCGGGAUGGUGAAGGGUGGACGGCGGGUGUAUCCCAGCAACCAUCACGUCCGACCAACCUUUGUCAUGAGAACUGGCGUGUCAAAACUGAGAAUGGAGAGACUCGACGUAGUCGGCGAAUCAGGAAGUACUAG